AUGGCGGAUAGAUACAGUAAAUUCAUCGUUAACGGGAACGGUAAAAACCCGGGGUUUCGACCAAUCUUCGAAGGGCAAUUCGGAUGCACAAACAUCCACGACCUCAAGAAGCAAGAUUUCAUGGAUAUCGCUGUGGAAUUUGAUACGGUGAAUGCUCCCCUAUCCUUGGACGAUCCAGAUAUCGGGACCAAGGCGAGCCAAGCACAGAAGGAGGCGCUGCGCGCAGCUGUGGACGCAAGACGGAGGACGAGGCAGGGAGAAGCAAAGGCGAAAGGCGGCAAGCGCACGACGUCAGGGAAAAAGAAGGCGACAGGUCUGCGCGCUCAAGCACAGAAAACAGGAACGACGUCGGCGCAGCCCAAGAAGGACAAGACCAAUGCACAGAAGGACGAGGCCAGCCCAAGCGACGACGAAAUAGCAGAACAGGACGAUGAUGGAGAUGUGAGGAUGGCAGAAGACCAGGAUGGCGGGGAUACAACAACAGUAGUCGAUCCAACCGCGGACGCAGUCUCAGGCCUCCACAACAAGCGCAAGCGCCGUUCAACAACAAGAGCUCCUAUCGCAAACAAGCGGAUACGUUCUACGAGGUCGACGCCUGCAGGGGAGGGCAGGCAUUCGCAAGAGCCAGAAGAAGACAAGAAGGCUGCGGUGUUUCCCACCCGGACUACACGAGCGACGAAGCAAACACGCGGGCAGGCCACCACACGCGUAAUCCGAGAGACACCCCCGGUCGACGAUCCAUCAUCGAAUUACACUCGCGCUAGUAUGAAACAUUCGAUGGUUGCGAAGCUGAAGGUAGAAGGUAGCCGUGUGCAGGCUGCAAUCCAAGUUUCUGAGACCGAUGGCGAUAGAAACAUGACUCUUGCCGACGUCAACAUUCAGAGUCUCACCGCUGAUCAGUCUCAGAAACAAACUGCUAGAGACACGCAAACAGCAAACACCCCCCAGAAGAAUUAUGAAGAGCGGAUUUCCGGGCGACUUCAGGCUCGGUCAUCUUCUCACGACUCCACAACAUCGAUGGGAAGCCACAAGAACGAUUUGGAAGAUGCAUCCGCUCAACCUCAAGAUAUGCCGUCCGCAGGCUCCGUUAGAAGCAACAACAAGACUGCAGUUCGAGGCGAACCUCUUCAGAAAGAUAAGAAAGAGACGACUAAGCCAUCUGAAAGCGAGGAUUCUGCGGGUGACGAGACCUCCAACGAAAGCGAAGAGUCCGCUGGUAGCGAGGUCGCCUCUGACGACGCUUCGUCCGUAGAGAGCAUCAAAGAAAGCGACGUGAAGAAUAUGCUAUCGACGAAAAAUUAUUUCUACGAUAAUUCCAAGUCGCCAUAUGAUGAGGAGGAGGCGCACAACAGAGUAUGCGCAAAGACUGGCAACAUGGGUUCCAGUCACGACCGGAACUGGGAUCCUAAAUUUGAGGGUACACACAAGGUAGAUGGUUAUAUGAACAUCAAACCAUUAUGGCUGGCGAAAACCUACGAUCGUAGCCUGAUGGAUCCUCGAGAGCAGGAACUCUAUGAUGCGCAGAAAGAAGAGUGGGAACGGCAGGAUACGAAAAAUGCUAGACUUCAGCCUCCGAAAAAGCCAAAACAACCAAAAAAGAAGAAGAAGAGAACCUAUAUUGAUAGAAUAUUAGAGAAUCGCUAG